GCGUAAAAACAAUCUAUUUUGUGUUUUUUUUUUUUUUUUAAUUCAAAAUAACUGUAAAUAAAAUUUUUUUAUUAUUCUGUCUUUGACUAACAACUUGUGAUGAUUUAAAAUACAUAAUAAUACAUAUACAAUGAAAAUUUUUCAUAAUAUUGUUAUAUAUUGAGAUGAGCAACAUUUGUUAAAUUUAAUUUUUGUGUUAUAAAAUAUAGUCAAUGUCACAGUCAUUGAUAGAUUUGAUUGUAAUAUAAUUGAUAUAAUUUAUUGAUAAUUAGGUCAAAUGUAAUUGUAGUUGCAUUUUGAAUAAAUUGUAGAAAUUAUAUAUGGAAAUAUGUAAUUAAGAUUAGAAUUAUAUAAAUUAUAGUUUGCGUCAUACAAAAACAAACUCUUUAUGAUAUAUAUAGAGAAGCUAGAGACAUUUGAAAAUGAAGAAAAUAUUUACUUGUUAUACAGUGUCUGUAAGAGAAAAUUAAAGUAACUGUUGUCCAUUAUAGAUAGACAUAUUUGAAAGCUCAUUCGAAGUUAAUAACGAAUGUUUGUUACAAACAAAAUAUGUUUGGAUCAUUGCGUAGCAAGUUUCAGACAGUGCAAGAAGGUAUAUCUGCUAGUAUACGAGGUCUAUCAACUACAGAACAUCCAAAGAGCAAAAAGUUUGUUAAUGUACGAAAUGUAAAUUACAAUGCAGGUGCAGAUAUAUUGCACCAUUUCCAAUUACAGUGGAAUGAGCUUCAUGAGCUUGCAGAGGAAAAUGCGGGAAAGGCUCAGCAAGCUGAUACGCUAAUAUCCUCUAUUUAUGACAAGCUUGAACAUGAAUGGAACAGUGUUACAUGUUUAAACAGCACUUUAGCCUAUAUUCCGAAGAUUAACAAUGCAAUUCAAGAUCUCAUGGACCAAAUAGGAAAUUUACAAGAAAUGUUUGAGGAAGUUGAAGGGGCUUUGUAUCGAUUGGAAGAUCUGAAUGAAAUGUUAGAUUUGCAAAGUAGACAGCUGGAUCAUAGAUUUCAGUUAGCUUUAUACAAAGAAAAGAGAUUGAUAGAAUUAAACGAUUUUAAAGCAAAACUGAGUAAGGAACACAUUGAGAGGGUUUCUCAACAUGAAUUAAACCAACAAAAAAAAUUAAAAGAACGACGGGAGACCUUUGAAGAAGCUUUCAAAGAGGACCUUGAAGAAUAUAAAGCAACUGGGUCUAUACCAAAACUGCCAGUUUCUUCACAAGGCCCAUCUUUGGACGAAAUAGUGUUAGACAUCGAUUCAAAGAUAUUUGAUGAAUUUUUAGAAAAUUAAAAGUAGAGAAUAAAUCAUGAAUGCGUGUAUUAUUAAAAGUUAUGAUCUUCUUUUCAAGAUGAAAUUAUAUGCAAUGAAAUGUAAUAUUCAACUGCAUUUCUUAUAAUUAGAUAUUAAGGCUGUGACUUGGACAAUUCAAGCUUUCUAAUAUGAAAGGACUUAUAAAAAUGAAAAAAUUACCAGAUAAAUGCUUCCAGAUUCUUAUAUAUCAAUGCCUAUAAACUGGUUUUUAAAUUCAUUAGAAUUUUAUAUAAUCCUUUUAUAGAUAUAAGUAUAUUUUGUUAUUGCACUAUGUAUUGUUCAACACUUUAAUUAAAGAGAAUCCGAUUUUGAUCCCGAUUAGAAAUUCAUAUAUAUAAACGUGUAGGUACGAGAAAAAAAGAUUUUGUUAAAUUUUUUAAAUAUUGUAUCGUGUUUAAAUAAAUCGAUUAAUAAUCUUAAUCACACAUUUGCGUAAGUUAAUUUUUCAUGUUUGGCUUAAAUUUGAUAGUUUUAUCAAUUAGUUUGGUAAAAGAAAAAGUCAUCGUAGCGCCAUACAGUGGGAAAUCGUGACACUAUCGUAUAUGUGGCACUAUAUCAAUAUCAAUGUUUUAAUUCACAAACCUGAAUUAAAAAGCUGAUUAAAAGAGAAAUAUUUAUCAGUCAAAAGCUAAAUAAUAGAUCUUCUUUUAGGGGGAGUCGACAAGUAAACAAACAGUUAACGUACAAUGGACCCGCGUUUUCAGAGAAGAAGGAGAAAGGAGAUAUUCUAUGACAAAUUUCAGAGAGGCUUUGUAAAUACUUGUAUUGGUGUCACAGUAAUCAGCAGCCUUUUUCUCGGUUAUAAAGUAUAUGAAUACUUUCGAUAUGUUCGACCUUUGCAUUUGGCACAAAAAAAGUUGGCCCAGGAUGAGCUUUUGCUUGAAGGUAGAAGCAUAGAAGUAGAAUCAUCAACGUAGGCUGCAAUGUUACGCAGCUAAUAUAAGCAAUUCUUUGAUAUAAAAUUGAAGGAAAAAUAGAAAAGUUAGAUAUAUGAAAAAAUAAUGUAUGAAGUAAUGUACUUCCAAGGAUAAGAAAUAGUUGUAUACUUGUAUACUGUAAAUAAACUUAACAUAUACAUAUUA